AACGUCAUUUUAAAGUUUAGUUAACUUUAGUAAACCUUUGGGCAGAUCCUGUCCUCCUGCUGGAUCAAACAAAGGCAUGCGCCGCUGCGCAGUUGCAGCGCAAACUGAACGCCACCCACGCAGCUGCGACGCGUCACAGGAAGUCAUGGGGAGAAUGUGGGAGAUCCCUGUAAUUGCAGCUCCGGGUGAAUGAAAAGCCGAGGUCUGGCGUACGUGGGGAGAAGGCAUAGUCACUUAUAAAUGGCAAGGAAAUGUAUUUUGUUGGGCCGUUCUUAAUAGUGACAGCGUUUAAACAGUGUCCUGCGACGAGCGGCUAAGUAGCCCGCUAGCUAAUCGGACAGUACCUGUAGACGGGAGGCGUCUUAUGGCGGGUCUGUCUUACUUAGUCGUCCGCUUUUCUGGGUCCGCUGGCAGGACGUAUGGGGUGUUUUCCAAAGGGCUGACGAGAACCUUGUUGAUAUUUUUUGAUCUUGCAUGGCGACUGCGAAUCAAAUUUCCUUACCUCUACCUCAUUGCAUCUAUGAUGUUCAAUGUACGAUUACAGGUAAGGUAAAGGGGUGACACGGUGCAUAUUGAAAUCCAUUGAUAUAUGGCUGACAAGGCUGAAGACGUAUGCCUCAGCCAUAUUAUAAUCCCUGCAUACGCCGAGUGUGCUGCUGGUCAUACAGAAACUAGACAGGAUUACUUCACAAGGAUGGCGUGUGAAGUAGCAAUGAUUUUUCCGGUCCGCUCACAUUGCACGCUUGAGGAACGUUACCAAGACAAUACUAAGCUCGACACGUACAUCUCUUAAGGUAUAAUAUCAUGGCAAGGAGUUCUUUAAGAGACGAGAACUUGGUGAAAGACAGUGUUCAGGAAAUCAUAAUGUGUGACCAUGAUAUAGAUCUCAAUGUUCAGGGCUUUUUUUUCUUUUUUUUUACUUACCUCAGCUGUGAGGAUUCCUGUCUAACCAACCUUCCAUAUGGUCAAUGAUGAGAAAUCUGGAGCCUUACCAUCUCUGCAAUUGUUGGAGUGAAUUUGAGCACUAUUGUGGCCUUUUCUUUUAUAAUUUCCUUUUGAAAUAUAUAUUCCCUAUCCUGUGAACUUAUACUACUUUGCCCAGUAGUGGAAUCGAGCAUUCUAGGACGACUCUGGGUACAGGAUCAUCUCGAUCGUAAGAAGAUUGAGGAUUAGCCCACCUCUAGCUUGGGAUCAUGUGAUGUGGUUGACAUCUUAACGCUAGGGUUUUGUGGGUAUUGGGAAGUGUUGGGUUGGAGGAACCCCGAUGGGAACUGUGUAUUAAGAUGUAGGACAGAGUGGCACAUGCCGUCCUUUGGUGUAAUUGUACACAACAUACCCACACUAGUUACUGGAGACGAGUCUCAAUAAUGGGUUUUAAAUGAGGAAUCUGAAGUAUUUUAACGUAGCUUUGUAAGGUUUGUGUUAUGUCAGUUGUUGGUUUACAUCCUCUAAUAACCACCGUAUUUAAAACUGCAGAAUGUAAUUUGAUUUCACCACUUUUGAUCAUUUGAAAACAAUAAUUUAUCAAUUUGUGUUGUUUUUUUUUGCAUGGUAGUGGUGUAGUCAGUUAUGUAUUUGGUAAUGUUUUUAGUGGUUUCUGAUUGUACUUUAGUUACCAUGGGAUACAAAAGUAUUGUACAUCAUAGAAUAAAGCUUUGUGCAGCCGUUUUAAAAAUGACCAUUAAUAAAUUAUGAAGAAUA